CCGCCUUCUUCUUCCGCAAAAGUCCCGCCCAAAACGCUCCGAAGUUGAAGUAAAAUAAUGUCCAUUCACACAGAGCAAAUCGCCAGUCUUGUGAGUACAAAUAUAGCUGUUUCUAAAGCUUGAAGGGUUUCUACCUCUUUCUGGGAUUUGCUUUUCGAAGCUCUAUUUAUGUGUCAGAAGUGACUCGAACAUUAUGGGUCACCACGGAGCGGAGAAAGAAGCUAGACUCGGCUCGGUCUCUUCAGCUGCUUCUUGUUUCAGAUUCGUGGUUGUCUCUACGCUCCUUGUAUUGGUUUUAAUUCAUGAAGAAAAGAGAGUUGCUGGUGAGGCAGCCAUUAAUAAAGGACCUGAGCAUUCCAAUGGUAAAAGCCCUAGCUCUUCCAGAAAGCUACUUCAGUCAGAUGAUGAUGGAGGAGGCAUGAACCGGAUUGGUUCGUCAUGCUCGAAGGACGACAUCAUGAUCUACCAAGGACCGACCUCUCCGAUGCCCCAGGGCAUCCCGAUAUUCACCGUCCAGAUCCUGAACGCAUGCGUCUCUGACUGCACCAUCUCUAACAUCCAUGUCAGCUGUGGCUGGUUCAGUUCUGUCCGCCUCGUCAACCCGAGGGUGUUCCGGCGGGUCGACUACGAUGACUGCCUCGUCAAUGAUGGCAAUUCCCUCGGCCCGGGGGAGAGCCUCUCGUUCCAGUACUCCAACAGCUUCCAGUACCCGUUGUCCGUCUCGUCCGCCGAAUGCGAGUAAUCAAUCUGGUCGUAGGAUUGGUAUCUCGUGCACAACUCGUGUAGAUUUAAUAUAGUAACUUCCGAUGUCCCUAAGCUACUGUUAAGAGAUCUUUCCUACUUGUCAUGCAUGUACUUGCAUUGUUAUACUUGGGAUGUUUGAAAGUCCUCAGGAGUGUGGAUUGGAUUUUAAA